GUGAGUGUUGACGGCGGGGUGGUGGCAGCACCAGAAAGCGCGACUGCCCUGAUGUAGUCUACGCCCCCUUCCCGCUCCGGUGACAGUCCCAGCGGGAAGUUGCGUUUGUGAUUUCUGGAUAGCACCGAGCGAGGCCACCGCGGUCCUGCCGAGUCGUCCAGGUGACAAAGAAAGGGUUUCCUGGUGCACUAAGCCCCCACCCCUAGGCAGCCCGCAACCCCAGGGACUGAAGAUGCUGAGAUCUUUGUGGAAUUUUCUCAAACGUCACAAAAAGAAGUGUAUCUUCCUGGGCACGGUCCUCGGAGGCGCUUAUAUCCUGGGGAAGUAUGGACAGAAGAAAAUCAGAGAAAUACAAGAAAAGGAAGCUGCAGAAUAUAUUGCCCAAGCGCGGAGACAAUAUCAUUUUGAAAGUAACCAGAGGACUUGCAAUAUGACAGUGCUGUCCAUGCUGCCCACACUGAAGGAGUCCUUAAUGCAGCAGCUCAAUUCCGAGAGCCUCACAGCUCUGCUGAAACACAGGCCUUCGAACAAGCUAGAAAUAUGGGAGGAUCUGAAGAUAAUAAGUUUCACAAGAAGUAUCGUGGCUGUAUACAGUACUUGUAUGCUGGUUGUCCUUUUGCGAGUCCAGUUAAACAUUAUUGGUGGAUAUAUCUACCUGGAUAAUGCAGCAGUUAGCAAAAAUGGCACCACAGUCCUCGCCCCGCCAGAUGUCCAACAGCAGUAUUUAUCAAGUAUUCAACACCUCCUUGGAGAUGGCCUGACAGAACUGAUCACUGUCAUUAAACAGGCUGUGCAGGAGAUUUUAGGAAAUAUUUCUCUUAAACAUUCUUUGUCCCUUUUGGACUUGGAGCAAAAGCUAAAAGAAAUCAGAAAUCUCACUGAGCAGCAUAAAUCUUCUUGCUGGAUUGAUAAAGAUGGAUCCAAAUCUUUAUUAUGCCAUUACAUGAUGCCAGAUGAAGAAACUCCAUUAUCAGCUCAGGCCUGUGGGCUUUCCCCCAGAGACGUCACCACUAUCAAACUGCUCAAUGAAACUAGGGACAUGCUGGAAAGCCCAGACUUCAGUACGGUUUUGAAUACCUGUUUAAACCGAGGGUUUAGUAGGCUGCUGGACAACAUGGCUGAGUUCUUCCGACCUACUGAACAGGACCUCCAGCACGGAGACUCCAUGAACAGCCUUUCCAGUGUCAGCCUGCCGUUGGCGAAGAUAAUUCCCAUAGUGAAUGGACAGAUCCACUCGGUUUGCAGUGAAACACCUAGUGAUUUUGUUCAGGAUCUGCUGCUGAUGGAGCAAGUGAAAGACUUUGCGGCUAACGUCUACGAAGCUUUCAGCACUCCUCAGCAACUGGAGAAAUGACUCUUUUCAAACAUACCUAUUGUAGAUUAAUCUACUUUAAAAAAUACACUGAAUAAGUCAGGUAUAUAUGUAUAUAAUAAUGAUUUAUUACCAAAAUGCCUAAUUAAAAAAUAUUCUUAGAGUCUUCAUUUCAUAAUAAAAGAUUUAUUUGUCAUCUUAAUAUAUUUUUUUAAAAGUCAUCAGUGGACUCAUUUUUGUGGGCAUAUCUCAAUAUACAUAGCACAUACAGCAGAAUGUUUGUCACCCCGUGGAUAUUGGUUCCAAACUGUCUGAAAACUAAUGUAGAUACGUUUUUUAUAUAGUGUGAAGUUCAGUAUACUUUGGCAUUAAUACUGAGGUAAAAGCUCUUUGGGAAAUAGAUGUAAUGUCUGGGAAAUGUGCUAUUUAACCAAUCAUGAAGGCCACUGGACAAGCCGUGUACAGCAGUAAAUCAGACUUUUCUCUAGCUGCUCCUGAAAGGAAUAAAUGAUGUGUCUUCAUUAUGCCUGAUGAAGGACUUUUAUUUUUAUGGAAAUCAGUGAAUUCCACAACCAUGAUCAGCACUUUUUUCUUUAUUAUUGUUAACAGUCCUUGGGAAACUACACUGUGAUUUAGAGGCUAACUUUGUUGAUGACAUUUACUCACAGCUGUUAUUAACUACAUAGUUUCAUUCAUUUGCAUGCAAAUAGUUUCAAUAGCCUGCUUUGUAUUGAUUUUAAGCACACUGGCUAUUGCAAUAAAAUUUUAGUAAAUUUUUAGUAAAUUUAUUUUAGUGUUUCAGUAAAAUAUGAUUUUGUUAAUACUUUAUAGCCAUUAAUUUAUUUGUUCCAUAGCAUUUCUUUCUUUUUUUCUUUUUUACCACAUUCUGUUUAUCCGUUCAUCUGUUGAUGGACAUUGGGUUGAUUCCUUCUCUUGGCUAUGGUGAAUAAUGUUAUAAUGAACAUAAAUGUGCAAAUAUCUCUUCAACACCCUGCUCUCAAUUCUUUUGGGUAUGUGCCCAGCAGUGGGAUUUCCAGAUCAUGUACUAAAAAUUCUAUUUUUAAGUUUUAAAGGACCAUCCAUACUGUUUUUCAUAGUGGUUGGACCACUUUACAAUUUAACCAACUAUGCACAUGGGUUAUAAUCUCUUUACAUCCUUGCUAGCACUGGUUAUUUUGUCUUGACAGUGGCCAUUCUAAUGGGUGUGAAAUAAUAUCUCAUUGUGCAUUUGAUUUGCAUUUCUGUGAUGAUUAGUGAUGUUGAGCAUCUUUUCAUAUUAUUUUUUAUUGCAUCUUUUCAUUACCAUUUACCCCCCAUACCCUCAUCCAUCUCUCCCCAUCCCCUCCCCACGUAAUCACCCAUUUUUUUGUUGAGGUUAAUUAGUCAAUCAUUAGUGUUUCUUUAAAUUUACAUCAAAAUCAGUAUUGUUUUUGCUUCAUUAUCUUGCUUUAUUCUUAAGGAACAUUUGAAGUGGUUUUAUAAUUUUUAACUAGAUUUUCAACUUCAUUUUGGUUGAAGGCAAAUAAUAGAAAGCAAACUUUUUAAUUUAAAUUUUUAUUUAUUGAUUUUUUUUAGAGAGAGGGAGUGAGGGAGAGAAAGAAACAAAUCGGCAUGAGACAGAGAGAAGAUCAUCAAAUUUAAUUACAUGUGUGUGUAUGGGAACUCCGCACACACGAGAGGUUCAGAGACACAGUGUUACAAGGAGGCAUGCAUGACAUGCUGAGCUGGGGCUGAGGCAAGGAAGGUGCCUGGGGCUUCGAGGGGAGGCAGGCUUCGCAGGACAAAAAGAAAAUGAGAUGUUCAGUAAUUCAAAGUUUGCCCUGCCCUAGAGAUAGGUCAUAAAAGGUUAUUUCUUCCCAAGAAUGUACAGUGAUGACAUUUCUGUGUCAAAAUCACUUAAGUGGGAGAACACGUGUAAGGUUUAUGACUGCAGAAUGAAGUGGAGACAGUCAAGAUUAUUAAAACCAAAGGAGGUCUGGGACAACACUGUUCUAUGGAAUUGUGUGGAUUUUCCCCUUUGUUUUUAACAUUAAUUUCUAUACUAAUUCUAACAAAAUUAAAUACCCUGUCAAAGAUUUUAAGAUAUUCUUCAUGUUUACUUUGUAGAUCUGUCAGUUUUCUGGAAACAUUAAAAUGCCGAUAAAUACACUUUUUUUAAAAAAAGUAAUUUCUGGUGAUAACUCAUGAUGGGCAAGGUCUCAAAUUUAAAUUCUUUAUGGGAAGAGGUAAAAGUUCCUCACGAGCCCACAGGAUCUCGAUGGCCUCCAGCGCACAAUAAUUCACAGGCCAAAGUGACACAUCUUGGCAAGGCCUAUUCGGAACCCAGAGUGUGCUGGAGAGUUAAAACCGUUACACGGCUAAGUUAGGAAAAAAAAUUGGGGAGUGAGAG